AAGCUCGCUUGGCUGAGGAGCGAGCGAGAGACAAAGCGAGCCCACCGAGCGCAGAGUUUGAGCGAGUCCGAGAGAGAAAGCAGCGUCCGAGCAGCAGUUCGUUGACCAGUUCUGCUCGGGUCCUCGUCUCUUGCCUCCUCGUCGCAGGCAUAGAAAGUCUCUCGGGGGUCUGUCUCCCUGCCUGCGUCUGUCUUCGUAGCUCUGAGCGAGGGCACAGUCUGAAAUUCUAAACCGUUCUCCUCUUCGACCGAUCCCCUUCGGUCCUUCUGUUCUGUCUGUGUCUCCCUCCUUUUCUCCCUGUUCCGUAGGCUUCGACAGUGGCGAAAACAUUGUAGAUAUAUCGUGAGGAGUUGUUUGAUUGGAUUGAUUGAUCGAUUCUAGCGCAGAUCACCCGUACAUGGUGGCAAAGGCCUGCCUAUAAAGCUUAUGGAUUAGAAGCAAUGGGGGCUGAACAAGAAACAUUGCAGAAUGGCAACGGAGUGGUCGAUAUUGUCGUCGACGAGAAGGCCAGUAAGGUCGGUGGAGAGGAAAAGGUGCAGCCGGAUGUCGUGGCCGCAAAAUCAGAGGUUCCAUCUUCACAGCAGGUUGUGAAAACUAGCGAGCAGCAGCAGCAGCAGCAGCAGCCGCCUGAAAUAACAACGAAAUCAGUAGCACCAGCCGUAGAGCAGGUGCCGAAUACCAAAAAAUCACAAGCCCCUUCAGCUGCUGCUGCUGCUGCAGCAGCGCCGAAUGAAAAGUCGCCUCCCUCAGUCGAGGAGGCGGUGAAGACGACGACGACGACGACGAGUGAAAAUGCUGCUCCUGCGGUAGAGCAGGUGGCGAAGACCAGCGAGCCCAUCGGUGCUGUGGCCACGGCGAAAUCAGCCGCACCAGUCGGAGAGAACGUGGUUCUGAAGACCGGAGGAGCAGCAGCAGCAGCAGCAUCUGGAGCAGAGCACGUCGCGAAGACGAAAGAAGAGAAGGGGAAAGCCGUCGAAGAGAAAGAGACCAACAUCAACACCUUGUUGCUGAACGAUGACGAGGUCGCCACGACUCUGGCAGCGGCGAGUCAGAAGCUCGCCAUCGCGCACGCGAAGGAAAAGAAAAAAAAUCAAUCCGGGCUGUCCAAAUUUUUCUCGGCCUUGUCGCCCAAACGCAUUCUCGUGAGGUUCCGCGAUUGCUAUGUCAACACCUGCAUGAUGGCUGCAGAGAAAGGAGAUUUCGCCGACCUCGUGGCAGGGCAUCCGGGCAUGUUCUACGCCGGGGACAAUGUGAUGAGCCGCACUUCAUCUCAGAAGCGUGAGCGCGAUCACGAGGAGGUCCUGGCAUCUCUGAGCCGGCAGGUCUCUGCCUCGCUGAGCCGGCAAGCGUCGCAGGCCAACAGAGGGUCGUCUCCGGGCUUGAACAGAACCUCGUCGAACGGGAUGCAAGGAUUGAGGCGGAAUGCAUCGACAGGAAUGCCAGGCCUGAGCAGGAAUGGCUCGGCGGCGGGAAUGGGCGGAUUGAAUCGCACCGGUUCCACGGGGAUGGCAAGCUUGAGCAGGCAAGCCUCGACUGGAAUAAGUGGCAGUACUUUUGGCAGAAACUCCUCGACUCGUCGACAUGUGCCGGACUCCGAGCUCUUCAAGGGAGGGAGGACCACGUUCCUGGAGAGUGUUGCGGCCAGAAACUCCUCUGCAGCUGCUGCCGAUUUGAUCUCCAAAGUGCCGCCUGCGAAAUCAGUCGAUUCCGGGCCGUCAUUACCGAGCUCUUCUUCUUCUGCUUCUGCUGCCACCACUGCUGCUUCUGAUUCUACCUCGCAAGGCAAGAAAGAAUCGGCCACCGCACUGCAAAAGAAAUCUCAAUAGACGCUCACUCGAAAUCUACUGCCGUGCGAUUGCUGUUCCGCUUAUUACUGUAAAAUAUUGAGCAUAGGUCUUGGUAGACAUGUAGCUGAUCCCAUUCUUCCCGUUAGUUGUCCAUUGAUAUUGUAUGUAAUUGUAGCUCUUUUCUCCUGCUGAAACCACGAGGGAAAAAAUAUCGUCGAAAGUUCUUUUUUUUUGUUGAUGAGAUUGUCCAUAAUUAAUCGAAAACAUCACAAGGGAGAGCUCGCACUCUUUCGAUCUAUUCUCGCCUGUAUCUUAAUAUCUAAUCUCGAGCGUCCCUCCGACUUGUGUCGA